AUGAACAAAUUAAAGGUAGCAGUAGCUGGGGUGAUGAGAGGACCAAGUAGAGGCUGGCUAGUGGGGUUCAGAAUGAUAACAAGUAUGUCAGAUAUCUUUAAUAUCGAAGUUAAGGCUAUUCUAGAAGGUCUGAAAUUAGCUUGGGAUAGAGGAUUCAGGCAAGUAGAAGUUGAAAGUGAUAACUCAUUUUUAAUUAAUGUAUUGCGGAAUGAUCUAGCAGCGGUAAGUAGUAUUGACGAAAUUAGAUUGAUACUUGAUUGGUACUCUAAGGAUUGGCAAGUUAAGUUUCGAUACAUUCAGAGGGAUUACAAUAAAGUUGUUGACCAAUUAGCUAAAAUGGACAGAGGCAGAGUUAAUUGCUUGGUUAUUCAUGAAGAUCCACCUCAUUCAGUGAAUUGUGAAAGGUUUGCUGGAGGAGGAUAUUCGUCAAUCAAUAAUGGAUAA